AUGUGGGGGGUACGGGGAGACCAGAUAUAGUGAAUGCAGGGUCUGGGGAGACCCGAUAUAGUGAAUGCAGGGUACGGGGAGACCAGAUAUAGUGAAUGCAGGGUCCGGGGAGACCAGAUAUAGUGAAUGCAGAGUCCGGGGAGAGCAGAUAUAGUGAAUGCAAGGUCCGGGGAGACCAGAUAUAGUGAAUGCAGGGUCCGGGGAGAGCGGAUAUAGUGAAUGCAGGGGUGGGGGGAGACCGGAUAUAGUGAAUGCAGGGUCCGGGGAGACCAGAUAUAGUGAAUGCAGGGUCCGG